CUGAAGCCAGUUGGUUUCAGGACUCCGUCGGCUUAACGCUUUCAUGUCUCGCCCAUCGGCUUUACGUGCAAACGUUGCUGGACAAGUCAAAAGUUCCUACUUGGACGAAAGUCUGAUCGCUCUCAAAAUUUUGCGAGAUUCGCCAUUUUGCAAGAACUCUGACAGAACGCACUGGGGAUUUUUUAAACGUUCAGUUUGACCAAAGCGGGACCGGCGGUGUGAAUCACCUCCCCGCGGAAAGAAAAGAAGGAGAGCCCCCUCCAGAUGAAGACCUGCGACUCGGAAAGAAAGCUUCAUUCCCCCCUCGUUUGUAAACAAGGAAACACGGAAACAAGAGGAGAGCUACUGCACUCAGAAGUCGUAUCCAGUCCUCUCCUGAGAUCCUCUUUUUAUCAUCUUUUGACUAGUGUGCCAACAUGGCAUCGUAUUUGUGGCUUAUAAUCUUGGUUUCUUUGGCUGAAACUCAUGGAUCGAUUUUGCACCGGUCUGUUGUUAAUGUUCAUAUUAAAAAAACCUAUUCAAUGAUUGAGGAUAUGGUAAAUAAGAGUAAGACUCUUGAAAACAAUAUAAUGAAUGCUGCUGUGAAGAUGGCGUAUAACAUGAAUGGAGGUCCGACUGAAAGAGUCAUGUCGUUCUGGGCAGACGAUACAGCCUUGGAAAAAGCCAAAGUUGCUUUUCUUCUAGCCAAAUCUACCUCUUCCAUUUUAACUCAAUGUAAAAUCUCAGGGAUAAAUAAUGAACGCUGCUUGAAUGACAUGAUUAGUGUUAGAGCAUUUACAGAAAAAUUGGUGGAGUGCGAUGAAGAAAAGUACAGACGGCCAUCUGGUGAAUGCAAUAACAAAGACCACCCGGCUUUGGGAUCAGCUUAUUCCCCAUAUUCUCGGAUUUUAAAAUCAUCUUUCUAUCAAGAUGAGGUUUGGUGGUCACAUUUUGAAAAUAAUAAAAUUUAUCCAAGCCCACUGAAUAUGAGUGCCAGCUUGUUAGAUAUAAUGGAGUCUGAUCUGCCAGACAUAACUUUCGGCUUUAGCGCUUGGUCUAAACUAGUUUCACAUGAUCUAGGCCACACCGGGUCUUAUAGAGCAUUCUUUACAAAGGAAAAUAUCAAGUGCUGUCACAACGAAAACAGGAUUCUCCCUCGUUAUAGACACCCUUUUUGCUUCUACAUGGGAGGACGGGAUGACACUUGUGUAUCAUACGCUAGAUCAAUGCUGGCAGUACCCUUGGAAAACCAAUUUGGCUCGGCUGAACAAAUGAACACAGUGAGCCAAUUUUUAGAUGCUUCGGUGGUGUACGGAAGCAGUGAAAAUGUUGAAAAUGCUCUGAGAGCCCAUGAAGGCGGUCUUCUUAAAGAAUCAUCAACUGAGUAUAAUGAGCAUUUAAAUUGUGUUGAAAAAAACAAAUGCUUCUUGACAGGUGAUUUGAGAAAUUUAUUGGAUCCUUCUAGUGCAAUUGGCAAUGUGAUGCUUGUUAAAGAGCAUAAUCGAAUUGCUAGAGUUUUGAGUGAAUUGAACCCUUUUUGGGAUGAUGAAAAACUAUUUUUAGAAGCGAAAAGAGUUCUAAUUGCUGAAGUUCAACACAUAACGUACAAUGAAUGGCUUCCAUUGGUACUAGGAAAAAAGAAAUAUGCUCAUGAAAAUAUUCAUUUUAUAACUUCAACUGGUUUUGUGGGAUUGUAUCAGCCUUAUACUAACCCAUCAGUUUCUAAUGAGUUUGCUAAUGCAGCCAUCAAGCCUCUCACUUGGCUAAAUGAAAUUUACUUAAGAGCUUAUAAUAAACAGAGAGCUAUGAAACAUAAAAGGCCACUCCGUCAUACCGUUGUCAACAUGAAACGAUUACAAAAUGACACACUUCUCCGAGGGUUGGGCAAGGGCCUUACUCUGAAGAUUAAUGAAAUCCCAUUUAUGUUUUCCGAUAAGAUGAUUGGCGUUUUCUUCAGCGAAGACACUAGCAAUGAACAGGAAAGAAGUUUAGCCCUUGAAAUUCACCGUGGACGGGAUCACGGGUUGCUUCCAUUCCCUGAGUACGGCGAUUAUUUACACUUAGAACAACGUAUUUCUCCAAAAAAUCUGGAAAUAAUCAAUAAACACUACAGAAAUAAAAAUGAUAUCGACCUUCUUGUUGGAGGAAUAUUGGAGGAAAAGACUAAAAAGUCUAUGGUAGGAAGUACAUUUCAUGAAAUAAUUUUGCGGCAGAUGAUUGCCACGAGGACAGGUGACAGAUUCUUUUAUGACAAUCCUGAUCAACCACACCCUUUUAACCAUGAACAACUCGAUGAAAUUCAAAAGGCUACUUUCGCUAGACUCAUAUGUGAUAACUUUGAAAUUAACAAAAUCCAGCUGUCUGCUUUCCUCCCAAGCAGUAAAAGGAACCCACUAGUCUUAUGCAGUAAUGAAGAUAAACUGAAAAUUGUCAACUUGAAAUAUUGGCAAGAAUAAAAAUGUUCUGACUCAUUUGUAUAUAAUUGAUAUAUAAUGAAAUUUGUACCUGUAUUAAAAUUGUAUUUAUUG